AAAAAUAUUUUAAUACAAAAAAAAUAUAUUUUAAAUAAAUUUCGUACUUUUGCUUCGAAUUUGUUAAAGGUGUUAUAUUUCAAUUGACUUUUUAUAAAAAAGAAAUAUUUUAAUUUGCAGUUUGUUGAUGAAAAACUCGUGUGCGCUUAGACUUUCAGACUUUAGCUUUGAGCUGAAAAGCAACGCGACCACGUGUACAACAGCCGACUCGCUGGAGUGAGCGCAUUGUGAGCGAAGUUAGUGCAAAAAUAUGCAAAAGUGAAAUACAAUAAUACGAAAUAAUAGAAAAGUUUCCAAUAAGAAACAUGUGCGCGUUUCAAAAGAAUUUUUAACAAGAAAAAACUACGUUGACAAGCUGAUAACGCACAGGGGUGCGAGUGAAUGCGCCACGCUGCCGUUUAAUGAACCCAACAGGAAAUCAUAAGUGAUAUAUGAUAAAAAUACAACAACAAAAAAAAAUAAUAAUAAUUUAUGAAACACAAAAAAGAGCAAACAUUUAACGGUAAAACAAAACCAAAAGCUGAUAAAAAAUAGCUAGCGAGUGAGUGAGUGAAAGCGCGCGGCCGCAAAAAUAGUUUGAGUGCGAACGCAUGGCAGCUGAUGCAAUAAAGCGUACAAAUUGCCGGUAAAAAUAAAGCGACAACAAAAAACAAGAAAGUCAUAACAUAAAAAAGCAACAAAAUACAACAAACAACAAGAAAACAGUUUAAGACAACACACGCAUGCGCAGAACUAACAGCAACACCCUUAGCGUUUGAGAGCACAAUUAACCCUUAGAAACCCUUAGAGACGUCUGUAAGGCAACACAAGCAAAACAACAACGCACAACGCAAACUACCUCGUAGAGGACCCUCAACAACAACAACCACUACUAUCCUUCACACUCGCUAUCACUCCUAGCGCCAAACAACUCAAAUUGAGUUAAACCCAUUUUUUAUAAAAUAAAAAAAAAAAUAAUAUUCAAUAAAUUCCACAAAAUGACACGCAUACAGACCGCCGAUAAUAUCGUACCGCGUCACAUUUUCGAUACACCUGUUAAUUCGACAGCGGAUUUCUCCGGCGCCGCGCUACAAACCAACUCAUCGGACAGCUCAAGUCAAGGAUCCGGUGUUAAACUUAAGAAACAAAUCGGUUUACUCGAUGGUGUGGCCAUUAUUGUGGGUGUUAUCGUUGGCGCCGGUAUUUUCGUCAGUCCCCGUGGUGUGCUCGAGUACUCCGGUUCGAUUGGUCAAUCGUUGAUCGUUUGGAUUUUAUGCGGCGCCUUGAGUAUGGUUGGUGCGCUUUGCUAUGCGGAAUUGGGCACAAUGAUACCGAAAUCUGGUGGUGAUUAUGCCUACAUUGGCACAGCAUUCGGACCGCUGCCCGCUUUUCUCUAUCUGUGGGUGGCGCUGUUGGUGCUGGUGCCCACCGGCAAUGCCAUAACGGCGCUCACAUUUGCACAGUAUUUGCUGCAACCAUUUUGGCAGUCGUGCUCGGCGCCCGUUGUGGCGAUACAACUACUGGCCGCCGUGAUGACAUGCAUACUGACUGUCAUCAAUUGCUACAAUGUACGUUGGGUGACACGCGUCACAGACAUCUUCACCGGCACCAAAGUAUUCGCGUUGCUUGUUAUUGUUGCCGCUGGCGCUUGGUAUCUCUUCGCCGGCAAUACGGAACAAUGGGAGGAACCGAUGCGUGGCACAUACACCAAACCCGGCAUGAUAGCGUUGGCCUUCUACAAUGGGCUCUUCUCGUAUUCCGGUUGGAAUUAUUUGAAUUUUGUCACCGAGGAAUUAAAGGAUCCCUAUAGGAAUUUGCCGCGUGCCAUUUGCAUAUCAAUGCCGGUGGUGACACUCAUCUAUGUGGUGACAAAUAUUGCAUACUUUUCGGUGUUGACACCCGAAGUGAUAAUCACUUCGAGUGCUGUCGCUGUGACGUUCGGCGAUAAGUUGCUCGGCUUUAUGUCCUGGUUAAUGCCACUCUUUGUGGCCUGCUCCACUUUUGGUUCGUUGAAUGGCGCCAUAUUUGCUUCGUCACGUCUCUUCUUUGUGGGCGCACGCAAUGGUCAUCUGCCGGCCGCUAUUUCAUUGAUCAACGUGAAUUGUUUAACACCAGUGCCAUCACUGAUAUUUUUGUGCGUAAUUACGCUGGUGAUGCUGUUGAACCGAAACGUCUAUUCGCUGAUCAACUAUGUCAGCUAUGUGGAGGCGCUCUUCACUCUCCUCUCCGUGUCGGGUUUGUUAUGGUUGCGUUAUAAGCAACCGAAAACCGAAAGACCCAUACGCGUCAAUCUCGUAUUGCCUGUACUCUAUCUACUCAUCUGCCUAUUCCUAGUGAUCUCAUCCGUUUUGGAGUCACCCGUAGAAGUGGGCAUUGGCACCGUGAUCAUACUCUCUGGCAUACCGAUCUACUAUCUUACCAUACAUCGACCGGUCAAAUGGCUAACGGAUCUGUCGCAGGCGAUAAAUCUUUGGUGUUCGAAAUUCUUUAUUUGUAUGCCGAAUCAAGAGAAAUUCGAUUAGUUACUAAGCGUCAAAUAUAACAUUAGUUUUAUGCGUAAAACCCAAGUCGAUUAAAUCAUCUACACAUUGUGACACUUUUUAGGGAUGCAUUUUGCAUAUAGUUGCUUUGUUAUACUAUUGUACAGCCAACGAGAUAUAUACAUAUAUAUAUUUUAAAAUAGAUAUUUAAAAAAAAGUAGAAAUAUGGUGCCUAAAAUAGGCCAUAAUAACAUGUAUGUGCCUUCAAAGAUUUUUUGAAAGAAAGUGGAUUCGUAUUGAUAUUGCUCCGAAAUCAAAUAAAUAUCAAGCUCAUAUAUAUUUGUAUAACAUUUGUACAAAAAUAAACUCAAAUAUUUUUUUCUCAUUCCA